AUGCCAAAGGCAUGUCCAGAUGACAUAAUAAUAGAGAAGACUCCAGCCUAUUUUACUGCAAAUCCACAAGUUCCCCAACGAGUAUUUCAAUUUAACCCAAAAAUUAAAUUUAUUCUCAUAGUGCGUUCUCCUGUUACUAGAACUGUUAGUGAUUUUACACAAAUUUUGCAAACAAAAAAGGAAAGGAAUAAACCUCCAAUUAAUUUUGAAAAAAUGUCUUUUAUUAAAAAUUGUAAUGGUUCGAUACAGUUAAAUAAACGGUUUAAACCCAUUCGUAAUUCACUAUAUGCCGAACAUUUAAACAGAUGGCUAAAAUAUUUUCCAUUAAAACAAUUUUUAAUUCUAGACGGAGACAAAUUUAUUGAAGACCCUUUAAGUCAGGCAUCCGAAAGAUUUCUCGGUUUGGAGCCUUCCAUCAAUUCAACUCAAUUAAUUUUUAAAAAAGAAAAAAAUUUUUAUUGUUUCCGUCAAAAUUUAAAUUCAACAGUUCACUGUCUAGGCAAAAGCAAGGGCAGAAAACACAUCAAAAUUUCAUCAAAAUUUCGACGCUCAUUAAUAGAACAUUUUAGGCCUUACAAUCAAAAAUUCUUUUCUCUUAUUAAUAGAAAAUUCCAAACAUGGGAAUAAAUGUUUUUUUAAAGUUAGAAGAUUUUCUAUGCUCAAAUGUGUAAUAUCUCGAUGUAGAGACGAGCGACUGGGAAUAUUUAUAUACCAUUCGAAAGGGCAGGGCAUAAACUAUAGUGUCUAAAACACGAACCCGACUUUUACCAGACCUUGCUAUCUUGAUAUAGAAAAGCUUGAUUAUUUUCGGGUAAUUAUCUCAAGAUGAUUGUGCUAUUUUUUAUAUUUAGCCACUUUUUAAAUAAAUUCUUGUCAAUAGACCUUAUCUUAUUGUUAAAAAUAUUUUUAUAGGUAUCAGGGAUGUCAUUAAGUCUGAUUUUCAAAAUUUUCUAGGCGGGUUUUGGGGCUUAAAAAAGUUGUGGGUCGCCAAUUGGAGAAAGUCAGUCGAGUUUUGGAAGAAUUUCUGGGAACGGAUUUCGAGUCGGGAAAAUAGCCUGGAUAAACCAUGACUUCCUUAAGUAUCCUAAAAUUUUGAAUGUCAAAUCUUAAA